AUGGUUAAGAAUGUGUACUUUAUUCUAGUGAGUAUAUGCAUUGCAUCAUCCGUUAAUGCUCAGUUACCACAAGUUCCAUUUCCAUUUCAACCAAGUCCUGGUACACCAGGAUUUCCAUUUCCGCUUCCGUUUCCGUUUCAACCAAGUCCCGGUGGUAUGCCAGAAAUUCCUGAUAUGAGGAAAUGUUGGUCAACAUUUAUGGAUAUGCCCGGAUGCCUUGCAGAGAUAAGACAAUCUAUUACCACCGGAAAAUUUGGUAGUAUAGGUCCCGCUUGUUGUAAAGUUUUUUUAGAUGCUGAAGCUAACUGCACACACCAUCUUCCAUUCAACCCCUUUUUUCCUCCUAUGGUAAAAGAACAAUGCUCCCGAGCUGCUGGUCCUCCAACGACAUUGUAG